AUUCUGUCAGUCAGUUCCAGUUUGGCAAUGGCGUUUGUGUAGUGUUGUGGCUUUGUAUGGUUAAUAAACGUGUAAAGUUUGAAAAUAAAAUAACUCUUGGCGUGUGUGUUUUUAGAGUGAGUGUUUUCGAAAACAGUCCAUGAUGAGGCACGAGUGAAGCCGGAAGUUGCAUUUGUCCGAGCCGCACUUCUAUAUAAAGCGAUCGUUUGAUAUCGCUCUUUCGGAAACGAUGUCUUGAGCGCUGGUUCUGCAUGACAAACGGACGAGGCGCCGGUAUGGCGUCGUUCAUGACGAAAAAGAAGAAGUACAAAUUCCAAGUGGGUCUAUGUCUGGAAGAACUGCUGGAAGUGCCUUUCGUUUCUGCCGUCCUAUUCGCCAAAAUCCGGCUUCUAGACGGGGGAAAUUUUCAAGAUCACAGCAGCAGAGAGGAAGUGCGCGACCACAAGGUGAAAUGGGGUGCAAACUUCUCCUUCCCUUGUAAGAUGUUAGCGAACGCUUCAACUGGUGUCCUGGAACGCUGCGUCCUGAGGAUAUCCGUGAGGAAAGAAUGCAAAGGAGGGCGCUCCUUCACGAAGUUGGGCUUUGUAGACCUCAACCUGGCGGAAUUUGCGGGGGCCGGGCUAAUGCACAAGAAAGCUCUGCUGGAGGGAUAUGACGCGAGGCAUCGCCAGGACAACAGCAUGCUCAAGUUUUCCAUUGCCAUGCAUAUGCUAUCGGGUGAUAUACUCUUUAAAGUACCGUCUCCUUCUUUGAAACACAAAUCCAUUGCUUCCGAAGACGUGACGACCGAGCCCAGGACGGACGAAUUUUCGAGCGAGUCUUUGGGAGGGUCCAUAGCUAGUGGCAGUUCGGGAUUCGGAAGUUUACCCAAGAAAAGGCCGGCGCUUUUGUCGUCAGAAUUGGUGAUUGGUCACACUCUGGCAGAAAAUAGUGUUCCGGUAACAGUUGCGGUGGACGGCGGAACGGAUCAAACACAGCAGCCUUCACAGGAGCACGAGGAAGUGGUUUGCGAAACUGGCCACUCACGGAACUCGUCAAAUACCAGCCAAUUAUCCAAAGCUUCCGGAUAUAGCAGCAUCCAUUCCCAUACUCACAGCAGACAAUCCAGUUCCGGGGAUUCUGGACAUAUCAGGGCCCUAUCACACAGACAAAUCAGGAAACAAAAUGGUAAUUCCCUCCUCAACACCUCAAAUUUUAUUCGAGUUAACACCUUUCCCAAUCGCAUUCGAAUUCCCAACACAAUCAUCCACGAGGAUGCGUUCGGCAGCCCCUCGGCUGUCCUAUCUCCCGAACUCCAAUUCACUCCGGCGAAAUCGCCGGAAAACGGUUCGUUAGAUCCGCAAAACGAUGACGAUACGUCACGAUACUACACACCAGAUGGCUAUCAGAAACAAUUGAGCAACGUUAGCGGGUCGAGCACGGACGACUACAAAACGCCAGAUGAGUCUCUCGACGUCCGCACCGAUUUAUUCUCGCAAAAAUUCAACGAGCUCCAAAAAUCCUCCUCGACGAGCCUCAUCGAGCUGAACGCGCAAACAAACGAGUCCGACUUGCUGCUGGACAACAAUCGGUUAAGUCUAGACAAUGCGGUGAAACCGAAACAAUCGAACGACGGCGUGCUCAAGUCCAGAAGCGAGUUCGAGAUCCCCCGCGUCAGUCCCAUUCAAAAGACCGAGCGCCGCUUCCCCGGCGGGUUCUUCCGCUCGGAUAACUUGCCGGCGUUUUUGACGCCGAUCCUCAAGCGGAAGAACCCGAUAGGGCAGCAGUCAACGCCGACGCGCGUCAGUCCUACCAACAGCCACUUCAAAAUCCCUGGUUCCCCCGUCCUUAGGCCCAAAGUGCAUAGUUCACCCGAAACACGCACCACCUCUUUGAGUUCGCUCCGAUCUGGAACGGCCGGGAAUGACCAACAGUUGGGUUCGCAACCGCACAGAAAUCCCAGCUCAAGCAGUUUAGUCCUGUCAGAAACGGGCUCACUGGACAGGGCGAAGGCGGCUUAUGAAAGACGCAAGAAAACCCAAAUCCAGGAUUCUGAUACGGGAGUGGUGUCAGGGAGAGUGGAAAAUACUCGAGUAAACGCUAAUCGGUUAAUAGCGGAGAUACUGAAAGACACAAAUCUUGACCAAGCUGACGACUCGGCGGAAACUUCAGGUCUUCAGCUAUUUAUUGCCAAAGAUGGUACCGCUGCGUUAGGGAACCACGAGGUGAAGUCUCAAAUGUCGACAGGAGUGCAAGUUUUCAAACAGGUUGUCAUGGACGACAACAGGUAGUCAAUAUAGGAAAUGUGUGUUGUGUCGCAGUAUAGAAGAGCUUUUGAGUUGAUUUUAUUGAUGUAAAAGUUUGCUGUAGCUUAUAUUUGGGAAGUGCAGUCAGUAUUGGUUUGUGUCGUCUUCGAGCUACGAAAUUUUUAUGUCAAUAUUGAGGUUAUUGUAUUAGACAGUGUUGCCAAUUUUUGUGAUAUAACAGCGGUAGCGUAAACGUUAUAGGUACUCUGAUUUAAGUUAAAUAUGAUUGACAUUAUUAUUUAUUGUAAAUUAUUAUUGUGUUAAAUGUAUAUUAUUUAUUAUUCAUUUUUAAGUUAUUAGUAACCUUGUAUAAAGUCGUUUUAAAAUGUACAUACAUACACAAUAAAAAUUAGAGUUAAACUUCA